AUGGAACGUUCGGAGGCACGAAGCUCAGAUCGAAAUGGGGGCAAUUCUGACUCUUCGCUCCGUCGCUUGAGCCGAUCCGAUCCGGAAUCCACGGCCGACCCCCACGCCCUUGACGCGGACUCUCGGGGACAGCAUAAAAGCGGCGGAGCGGCGGCGCCUGGGAAAACCUGGAGCUCGGCAGACAUGUACCGGAGUCACAGGGCUCAGCGUUUCAAACACGCCAAGAGCGCAGCUUCCAGGAAAGCGGAGGCUGCUUUUAUUCGGGACAAAUAUCCACAGAAGAUCCCAGUCAUUGUGGAGCGGUAUCCCGGAGAGCUGUACCUGCCCUUCCUGGACAAAGCUAAAUUCCUUGUUCCCCAGGAGAUGACAAUGUGCCAGUUUGUUACCAUCAUCAGGGAUCGUCUGGCUCUGUCAUCCAGUCAAACAUUUUACCUGUUGGUGAAGAACCGAAGCUUGGUGAACAUGUGCGCCACCAUGUGUGAAUUAGACCAGGAUUACAAGGACUCUGAUGGCUUUCUUUAUAUGACUUAUGCAUCCCAAGAGAUGUUUGGCUCUUAUUGGUCAAGGUUUGUUUCUGUUCCAGGGAAAACAAGAAGGUGGGAGCCUUGUGGGGUAGCCACUCAAUUCCCCGGUACAAUAGCUGAUUUAGUCUAAUGUGUCCUAUGCAUUUUAACCCUACUACAACCUCCCCAAAUGGUGGUUGGCCUCAUCUUUUGAAGGAAAUCUCGAUUAUCCUCAAUGGACCGAAGAAAUACACAAACUUAUUUUCAUCAAAAUUGUGACUAUGAAACUUGCACAACUUUUUUGUAAAAAUAAUUAAAAAAAAGAAUUUGUGAUAAGUUAUGUAGUAAAGAUGUGACUUCUAUGUGGAGAGCACCUCCUAGACUGGGACAGCCUCCGGCAAUCUAAUUGGCUUUAUGUGGAAGGGACUGGUGGGCAUGAUUUCAUUCCAUAAAUAUGAAUUAACCUCAGUUCUUCUAGUAAACUUUCAGU